AUGAUAAAUCGAAUAAGUAAAAGACUACUACAUCAUUCAAUUCCUCUUGGUUCUGAUUUUUCACAUAUAGUAAUUGGUGGAGGUAUAGUUGGAAUAGCAACAGCAGCAGAAUUACAAAAAGUAAAAGGUAAUAAUGUACUUUUGGUUGAAAAAAAUGAUUCUUUAGGUCAAGAAACAACAUCAAGAAAUUCAGAAGUUAUUCAUGCUGGUAUAUAUUAUCCUUCAUCAAGUUUAAAAGCUCAAUUAUGUAUAGCAGGUAAGAAUAAAAUAUAUGAUGCUUGGUCCAAGGGUAAUUUUCAAGUUAAUUUACAAAAGUGCGGGAAAUGGGUAGUUGCUCAAGAUGAAGUUGAAGAAGAAUAUUUACAUAAAUUAAAACAAAAUUCUGAUGAAUUAGGAGUGCCGACAGAGCUUAUAUCUACUAAAAAAGCAAAAGAUUUACAUCCUUUAAUCGGAGCAAAUAAAGCCAUACUUGAAAGUCCCACAACUGGAAUUAUAUCAGCUCAUGAUUAUGUACUAUUUCAUGAAGGUCGAUUUGAAAAUAAUGGAGGUACAAUUGGAUUAAAUAGUAAAGUUAAAGAUAUUACAUAUAAUGAAGGUAAUAGAAAUUAUUCAGUAUUAAUUGAAUCAGAUGGUGAGCAAAUGGAAAUGACUUCAGAUAAUAUUGUUAAUUCAGCAGGAUUAUACGCUGCAGAAAUUGCCAAUUUGGUUUUACCACAAGAGUCAAGAUAUGAUUAUUAUUUCGCAAAAGGUAAUUAUUUCAGCUAUACACCUGAAACCCCCAUUGGGAAAGUAACUACAAAAUUAAUUUAUCCGUGUCCUAACCCCAACGCAUCAUCUUUAGGCACUCAUUUAACUUUUGAUCUAGGUGGUCAAUUAAAAUUCGGACCUGAUUUAGAAUGGUUAAAUACUACGAACCCAAAUAAUAUUGAUUAUACUCCCAACCCUAAAAAUUUAAAAGCUGCUUAUGAAGCUGUGAAAACUUAUUUUCCUGCAAUAACUGAAAAUUCAUUACAUCCAUCGUAUUCAGGAGUUCGACCUAAAUUACUAUCAGCAGAAGAAAAUAAAAAACAAUUUGCAGAUUUUAUUAUAAAAGAAGAAACAAAUUUACCAGGUUUUAUUAAUUUAUUAGGUAUAGAAAGUCCAGGAUUAACUGCGUCUUGGGCAAUUGCAGAAUAUAUUAAAAACAUUUAUCAUAAAUAA